AUGUCAAGGUUGGGAAGAUUAAGGAAGCUGACACCAGCCACUGAUACAGAAGAUACAUUGGCUGUGGUUGAUGAUGUGUUUGAUAAUGAGGUUGUGACACCACCAACAUCAUUAUCAACAGCUUCACAUCCAGAUAUUGUCAAUGACAAUGACAAUAAGGAUGAAGAUGAGGAUGAUGAUGAAGAUGAUAACACAAUGAUAAAGGACACCAACGAUAGAAUUGACUCUAUACUGAAGUUGUUAAAGAGCAGCAAAUCAGGAUCACUUGGCAAGAGUACAAUAGAACAUGAAGUAGAAGAUGAUAAUGAUGAAGAGGAGAAUGAUGAUGAUGAUGAUGAUGAUAAAGAGAAUCAAAGUGAGAAUAUAGUUAACAAUGACAAGAAGAAGAAGAAGAAGGACAAGCACAAGAAGAAGAAGGAUAAGGUCAAGGACAAGGAGACAAAGAAGAAGAAGAACAAGAAUGAUAGGCCAAGAUUGGAGACACCUGUUAUGUCUCAGAAUGAUGAUGAUGAGGAACAACAAGAGGAGAAGGAAACAGACAAAGUAGGAGAGACAGAGCCACAACAUGGUGGUGAAUCCUCAGAGAAGGAGGAGGAGGAAGAGGAUGACGCCGCCAAGAAGAUGGAUGAUGAUAAUGAGAAGGAUGAUACUUGUGUACAGGAGGAUGACAGUGACGAUGAUGCCAAACCAUCAAAGAGUUCAAGAAAGAAUGUUAAUGAUGAUGAGCAACAGGAUGAUGAUGAUGAGGAUGAGGAUGAGGAUGAAGAUGAUGGCAAGAAACCAAAGGUUCCAAGGAAGAAGAAUGAUAAGGAUAUGGACGAAGAUGAUGACGAGAAGAAGAGCAAGGACAGAGUGUUAAAGAAGCCACAGAUGCAGUUAUCAUCAAAGACAUGGAUUCAACCUGCACCAAUUGUAACCAAGAGGAAUCUACUUGAUUUCCUCGUCAGUGUUAAGCCUGUUGCCAGGACCAAUCGUCCCAUUCCAACCCCAGCAGUGCAAUCGUCAUCAUCAGAUCCAAACAACAACAAUAUUGACAACAACAGUAGUAGCUCAUUGAACAACUCAUUGAAUAGUAGUGGAAUGGAUUUGGAGGAUGAGGCAUCGACCAAUGGCACACCGACCAAGUCAAAACUAUCUCUGGACACCGCUAAUGACUCUUCCGAUGAGGAUGAGGACGCUCCAUCACAGAGAGUAAUUGUAGAAUAUAGUCAAGACACAACCACAGACAACAAGAUGGCGGAGGAGAAAGUGGACAAGGCCAUGAAUGAGGAGGACAAUAAUGCUGUGGAGGAGGUGGAGGCUGAGGAGGAGGUGACCAAGAACCAACUCAAACUGCCUUAUGAGUCAACAUUAGAAAUGGAGAAUGAACUAGCUGGAACCAAGACGGGUCAGAUCGAUCAGGUACAGAACAACAAGACAAGCACAAGAGAUCAUCCAGCCACAAAGAUAGCAUCAUUGGAGUUGAACUAUGAGGAGGACGAGGUGGAUCACAUGGACAAGGUGGACAAGGUGGACAUUGUAAUCAAGGAUGGACUUGUCGAUGAUGAGGCAGAUGUUGAGGAGGACAAAGAGAUGACAAAGGAUGCUAAAGAUAGUGAAGAAGAGGAGGAAGACGACGAAGCAGACGAGAAGGAUGAGGAGGAUGAGCCAGACGAAGAUAUUGAUCACGAGAAAGAAAGAGUCAACCGAAUUGUAAUGAACAAGGACACGUACAUGGAGGAUUUACAAAGGAUCCAGGAUAUAGUAUCGGGUGAUCAUCGCAAGAGGAAGUUUGGAAAGGACGAUGACGACGAUGGCACAUUGAUCACUGAUGAGGAGAACGAGUCCACAUCAUCACAACCACUCAGAGAGAGGAAGAAGAAGAGAAUGGAGACCAAUGGCAAUGGCCAGACCACUCAAUCAAACCUGCUCACAACAUUGUCCAGUGAUGAAGAGGGCGACUCGGACGAGGAUGAGGAGCAAGAGAGACAGCAUCGAUCACGUGUCGAGCGACUCAGACUCAGUCGCAGUCACAGCAGUCUAUCGCGCAGUAGCAGUAGUGUUGGUACUGGCGUUGGCGUUGGAGGAGAGGCUACAAUGGACACAAUGCCAUUCGCUGACAAUGAGAGAGACAAGCAGUUGCUGGAAAUGAUCCAUCAGUCCAAUGUGUUGACCAGUUCAACCAAGCGCACGAGCACUCUGCCAGCCUUUGCAUCAUCACUUCCACAGACAUUUGGCGAUGAUAAUGAUGACGAUGACAAUGUCACCAACACAACAACCACUUCAUUCUCAAUCAGCAGUGAGAAGUUGGCAUCAUUGCGCAAACAAGUGGAGCAUCAGAAGCAGCAACAAUCAGUUCCAGUGUUCUUCUCAAAGAAGAGGACUGCUACUGCCAAGCAACAACAAUCAGCCAGCCAAUCUGGCGACCAAUAA